GACAGCGUUAUCUAUGUUGACAGCUGUGCUAACCGCUUAUAAUAAAUUAUUUGCCAGCUAAUCUAAAAGUGGGAAGUAAAUAAAAGUUGUGAUGUAGCAGAGUUAUUGGACAUAAAUGUUCGCGUGCAGAACUUUGUUAACAUAUAAAACUUUCGAUUUAAACUUCAGGACGCCAUUUUUAAAUAUUUAUGGAAAAAAUAAUAUAUUUGUUAUUUAGUAGCAUCGUUAUUAGCAACCGAUGGCUCGCGUUCUUCAUGUAAUAAAAUGUUAUUUUCCAUAUUUUUGUAAAUACAUUUGAUAAUAAGUUGUUUAAAGAAAACUUUUUUAAGCAGAUUAAACUAUUCAAUGUAAGUCUUACGCGUAACUUUUGAAAAAUAACAUUCAAACAAUUUUAUAACGUGACGUGGUGAUUAAUGGCAAGAAAAACAAUUUUUAAAAAUCUUAAUCCACCUAAUUUAUUCAAUACAUAUGCACGUCCCGAGUGUUAUCGUUCACCGUCAAUAUUAAUCUCUUAUUUAAAGAAGUCGUCCUAUCUCAAAUUCAACAUGAAUAUAAAAAACCUUUCAAUAUAUUUAAAUUACAAUGUGAUUGGGCUUAGUAUAUUAGCCUUGACCAGUUUUGUUGCUUUGACCUUAAGUGAAAGUAUACCAACUCAAAAUAUGUCCCGAAAGGAACGCGUAGAAUUGAGGAAUGAAGCUAGAGACAUGUUUUAUCAUGCAUACCGGGCAUAUAUGGACAAUGCCUAUCCUGCCGAUGAAUUAAUGCCACUUUCCUGUAAAGGUAGAUAUCGAGGUGUUACGCCUUCCCGAGGCGAUAUGGAUGACAUUUUGGGAAAUUUUUCAAUGACUCUAGUUGAUUCCAUUGACACAUUGGUAUUACUUGAAGAUUUCGAUGAAUUCGAACGAGCCGUUCGGUUAGUAAUUCAAGAUGUACAAUUCGAUAGCGAUAUAAUAGUUUCCGUUUUUGAAACAAAUAUACGGAUGGUGGGUGGCUUACUUUCGGCACAUGUUUUGGCGGAGCACAUCCAAAAAAGUCGUGGUAUAAUGCUAUGGUACAGCGGGGAAAUGUUGGAAAUGGCGCGUGAUCUAGGUUAUCGCUUACUCCCAGCUUUUAAUACAUCAACAGGAAUACCACAUGCUCGAGUCAAUCUGCGUCAUGGCAUUAAAGAUGAGCAGCUGAAAAAAUCACGUGAAACAUGUACAGCAUGCGCUGGAACUAUUUUAUUAGAAUUCGCGGCUUUAUCACGUUUGUCUGGUGAUCCUGUAUUUGAAGCACGUGCUCAUAAAGCCAUGGAUGCGCUUUGGAAGCUACGGCACAGGGGCUCUGAUUUAAUGGGAACCGUCCUAAACAUUCAUUCGGGAGAUUGGGUACGUCGAGAUUCAGGUGUAGGAGCCGGUAUUGAUUCAUACUAUGAAUACUUAUUUAAAUCUUACGUUCUACUUGGUGACGAUAAAUAUUUGGCUCGUUUUAACCGUCAUUAUAAUGCAGUAAUGAAAUAUGUUAGCGAAGGACCUAUGCUUUUGGAUGUACUCAUGCAUAGGCCUCAUGCAAAGUCACGCAACUUCAUGGAUUCAUUACUUGCUUUCUGGCCUGGUCUCCAAGUUCUAUCUGGAGACAUUAAACCAGCUGUUCAAACACACGAAAUGCUUUAUCAAGUAAUGCAAAUGCACACAUUCAUACCAGAAGCUUUUACUGUCGAUUUUCAAAUUCACUGGGGACAACACCACCUUCGGCCCGAGUUUAUAGAAUCAACAUAUUUUCUUUUUCGAGCUACUGGUGAUCAUCAUUACCUUCAAGUGGGCAAAAAAGCAUUAAAAACUCUUCAGAAAUAUGCAAAGGUUCCAUGUGGAUAUGCGGCUGUAAACGACGUUCGCACUGGAAAACACGAAGAUCGCAUGGAUUCUUUUGUACUCUCAGAAACAUUUAAAUAUCUGUAUUUGUUAUUUUCGGAACCACAUGAUUUAGUAGUUGAUGUCGAUGAAUUUGUUUUCACUACAGAGGCACAUCUGCUACCAUUAACUAUCGCACAGCUCGGGAACACAACUUUCAGCUUUAGGCAAACUGAUGAACAUAACGUUCUGGAUUUUAUGCGAACUUGUCCCAAGUCAAAUAAGCUUUUUCCAGAAAAAGUUCGGAAACCAUUGCGCAAUUUUAUUACGGGUUCUUGUCCCCGGGUACCUAUCGGGAAGCGAUUACGUGCUUUGGAUUUUCAAGCAAGUAAUGCCGAUCAUUUGCGGGCUAUUUACGACAUGGGCAUAACAAUGGUGUCCUUAGGUGAUGGCAAGGUAUUUUAUCAUUGGACUUGCCACCAAGGAAUAAUUUUUUAUGAAUUUACGGCCAAAAGCCCUGAUGAUGGAGAAAUGGGUUUGCUGUUUAUGCAAGAAAUGCUGGAACUGACCAAAAUACAAAAUAUGAAUCAACUGGCACAACUUCAGGCAGUUGCAUAUUCGCCAAAUGAUAAAUCCAAUGAUUGGACUGCGUUGAUGGCCGGUCCAUCGCAUUUCAGUCCAGAAUUAGUGGGAGAUCGAUUUGUCGAAGGUGAAUUGGUUAUGGCAACACCUUUUCGGGCUUGUGAGGAACCCUCAAACAAAGCUGAAAUAAGCGGCAAAAUCCUUAUUGCCGAAAGAGGAGAUUGUACAUUUGUUAGUAAAGCGCGUCUGGCCCAAGCAGCGGGUGCCCUUGCAUUAAUAGUUUGUGAUAAUGUACCGGGAUCUUCCGGGGAGGCGCAACCAAUGUUCGCCAUGUCUGGAGAUGGCACUAAUGAUGUCACGAUACCAGUUGUAUUUAUGUAUUCACAAGAGUUUAUUAAACUGUCUAAUGUUACGAAAGAAAAACCAAAACUGAUCGUGAGAAUCAUGCAAAUGAUCGAAUUUAAACGUUGGCAACUCGCAAGGGAUUCAACAAAAACGACAACAAACUACCAAAUGACAAUUAACACUAAAAUACCAAAAGCUACAUCUACUAAGAAUGGUGAUGCUGAAAGAACAGCAGAGACAGACAACAUUAAAGAAGAUCUAUAGUGUUUAUAAAAUUAAAUUCUUAAUACAACUCAGUUAAAAUUAUUAAUUAAAAAAGAAAUUAAACUCACUUUAAGUAAUUAGAAUUCCCAAAAUUAAUCGAAAGCUUGUAUAUAUGUAGUUAUUUUAAUAUAAAUAUAAAUUCUUUGAGGAUUGGUAAUCAUUCUAAAAAUAAAUUAAAUUAUUCCUUCUAAGAACAAACUCUUUUGUUUGAAGACAGAGUAAUUAUCAUAAAUAUACAUACGAAACAUAUUAUGCAAUAACGAAUUGUAUAUAAUAUUAAUAAUUUCGCAUAAUUAUGUUAGAACGUUUGCAAUGAAGGAUUAUUAUUUGUUUUCUAAAAUAUAUCUGUAAUUAAUAAUAGUUAAACAGUAGAAUUGUAAAGUUUUUAAAGUUUAAGUAACUCCUCACGAACUUUGUAUAAAUAGUAACGGUGUGAUAACUUGCAUGUUGAGGUCCUAAGUAAUCUUAAAGUUAUAGUGUCGUUUAAAAUAUUUCAAGCGGAAUGAAAUAUAAUUAUUUAUAAUAUACCAUUAAGUAUCUUUAAUAUGCGAAAGAAAUUUAAUUAAAUUUUUGUAUAGAACCACAAAA